CAUUAAGGUGAAAAAGAAUUUUCUUGCAAGUCAGUAGCAGCAAAAAAAAUAUGUAGAAUACUUUUCCAUGUUGCAGUGGAGUUAUAGAUGUUAAAGAGAGGAAAUAAAUAAAAUAAUAUACAUUUUGGGUUAAGCAGCGACUGCAGUGAAAACGGAAAAAUGAAUUUUAUUCGAAAGAAAUGUGUUGUUACCUUGCGUUGCUCAUCAUAGUAUACUUUAAGGCUGAUGUAAUUUCAUAGAAUAUAGUAUACUUUGAGGCUGAUGUAAUAUUAUGUUCUUGUCGCACUUCGGAUUAGCACUUCAACAUUAUGUCACAGAAAUCCUGCAUUGAACUAAAUGAGAUACGUAAAUUAGACGAGAUUCUACGCCAAUGUGAAAUUUACGUAUCGAAGAAUAAGCAAACUCCCCCCCUAGUGGAAACGCGUAAAACGAAAUUCCAAAUCUUAAGCAAACAAAAACUGAAAUUCGUGGAGCGAGAGCUCUUCUCCAUGAUGUGCACGGCCAAUAGAAUGAAUAAGAAAAGUGUGUUUGUGUCGGAUAUUUUGAUGAAUUCCAAUCUCUUUUCCCAUAAAGAUGAGAAUGGCAAAUAUUUUUUACGUAACAAUUGUCAAAAGAACCCCAACAACUUCCGAAUGUAUCACAAGAUACUGCGGACCAACAUUGAAGAUGGCGAAGACGAGUUCAUGUACAGGAAGUGUGCUAAAAAUGAGUUGUCACAGAAUUGCUUGGAAAACAUCAAAAAUUGCCUGCAUGAAAAUCUUAAGCAGGGCAAAAAGUAUGGCUCCAAUGCAUACGAGGCCAUACAACAUAAACGCAAGCAACAACAACAGCAAUUGUAUAGGCAGCAACAACAACAGCAGAAGGUGGUGGGUUCCCAUCACCUACACCAACCCCAUUCGACUAUGGAGAACUGUACGCUAAAAUCAGGAGCGUACAAAGCGGACAUGGGCAUUGUGUCGUGUGACAAAUGCGAAAAGCAACGUCACAAAGCAGUGCUCAUACAAACGAGUCUGGGCGGGAUGGAUAACAUCAGCGAAAAGAGUAAGAAAAUACCAAAAUCCGAUGGUUACAGCUACGAUCAGGGUUACUCCAAAUCCAACAUUCAAAGUUGCCAGACCACCCCCGAUGAGAAGAGAAAGAAUGUUAAUAACAACAAUACCAGCAGCAACAACAAAUACAAAUUUUCCUCGCAAAUCUUCGGAAGAAAGUUGUCCUCCAAACACGUCAGUGAGUUGGGCGAAGACACUCUGGACAAAGAGGCGUUAUUAAGCCCAAAAAUGGAAAUAAAAUUUCCGGACCCCGUCGAAACGGUGUUGUCAUUAGGAGCCAAUGUUCUGCCGGAACAAAAGAGUAUGGGUGCUAAAACACAUCGUUGGACAAUUCUUCACUACUCUCCAUUCAAGGCUGUUUGGGAUUGGGUCAUUUUGAUAUUGGUUAUGUACACGGCUAUAUUUACCCCAUAUGUUGCUGCAUUUUUAUUGGGUGAACAAGAUUAUCAGAGACGUACCAAUAAGUAUAUAAACAGUGAUCCUAUAGUUAUUGUGGAUCUUAUAGUUGAUGUCACUUUUAUCGUUGAUAUCUUAAUCAAUUUUCGUACUACAUUCGUUAAUGGACAAGAUGAGGUCGUUUCCCAUCCGGGCCGCAUAGCGGUCCAUUACUUGAGUGGCUGGUUUCUCAUAGAUUUGGUGGCGGCUAUACCCUUUGACUUGCUACUGGUGGGCAGCGACACUGACGAGCUUGGCUUGGAUAAUGAAGAGACAACAACUCUAAUUGGUCUUUUGAAAACAGCCCGUUUGCUGAGGCUGGUGAGGGUAGCACGGAAAAUUGAUCGUUAUUCGGAAUAUGGAGCUGCUGUCUUGGUACUGCUUAUGGCCACAUUUGUUCUCAUUGCGCACUGGCUGGCUUGUAUAUGGUAUGCCAUUGGCAAUGCUGAACGCAUUAUGCUUACAAAGAAUAUAGGGUGGUUACAUACGUUGGGCAAUGAUAUUGAUGAACCUUACUUUGAAAACAAAACAGGAGGUCCAUCUAUCAAGUCCCGUUAUAUAACCGCUUUAUAUUUUACAUUCACCUCGUUGACCUCGGUGGGUUUCGGCAAUGUGGCUCCCAAUACAGAUGCAGAAAAAAUUUUCACCAUUUGUGUGAUGUUGGUGGGCUCCUUAAUGUAUGCUAGUAUAUUCGGUAACGUCUCUGCUAUUAUACAAAGAUUGUAUUCGGGUACAGCUCGUUAUCAUACACAAAUGUUAAGAGUUAGAGAGUUUAUACGAUUCCACCAGAUACCAAAUCCCUUGCGUCAGCGCUUAGAAGAGUAUUUCCAACAUGCCUGGACCUAUACGAACGGCAUCGAUAUGAAUUCGGUGCUAAAAGGAUUUCCCGAAUGCCUACAGGCCGAUAUAUGUUUACACUUGAAUCGUAAACUCUUGCAAAAUUGUCCAGCCUUUACAGGAGCUAGUCCGGGUUGUUUGAGAGCGCUCUCAUUGAAAUUUAAAACUACCCAUGCACCGCCCGGAGAUGUCUUGGUACACAAGGGCGAUGUGUUGACUUCAUUAUUUUUUAUAGCUAGAGGAUCCAUAGAAAUUCAAAGAGAGAAUACAACAAUAGUUAUAUUGGGUAAGGAUGAUAUAUUUGGGGAAAAUCCCUGUAUAUACCCAAGCAUUGGCAAAUCAAAUGCCAACGUUCGUGCCUUAACGUACUGUGAUCUACACAAAAUCCAUAGAGAUGAUCUGCUCGACAUACUACAUCUGUAUCCGGAGUUCUUCGAUAGUUUUGUUAACAAUUUAGAAAUAACGUACAUCAUGAGGGAUGAAUACAACUCUGGUGUGGAUGUGAAACACAAAUAUCUGCGCGUCAAAUCUAUGGACAAGGAACGUAGUACCAGUGACAUGAACUCUAUACGAAUUGUGGGCAUGCAGUACAACAAGCUGAAUAAUAAGGCGUUCGUGCGUGACGGAGCACUUAAAGAGACGCCCGAUGUGAACAUCUAUGUGGGCAAAGACAGUAACAACUAUAAGUAUGGAGCGCCCAAAAGUGGUUAGUGCCGUUUAAUACUUGCCUAGUCUUUAAAAAACACUAUGUUAAAAAAAACAAAAUGCUAAUGCAAACACAUGCAUGCAUACAAGAAUACGAGUAUUCUAUUCCUUAAAAUGUACUUAAAAAAAAAAAAAAACAACAACAAAACCAACAAAAUAACCACAAGUGUAUAAUGUGUUAACACAAUGAAUUAAUAUUUAAUAUGUACUUACUCCCCCUAUUUGAAAUAUAUUUUUAGAUUAUUUUUAAGGAAAAGUUCAAUUGUUGAGAAUCCAUAUGCCAUUAACAUUAGGACGGCGCUCGAGAUUGUAUUUCACGGAGGGACAAUAUCACCACCACGGACAGACAUCCACACCCCCAUAUACUCACAUAUAUCUUUGCAUAACCCCAUAAGAAGCUAAAAACCAAACAUCUAAACAAAUAUUUUACUUUGUUUUAGAUUCAUUUUUUUAUAAUCGUUCGCAUUUGAAGUUCACUUUUUAACAGAGAUCACAUUUUUAUCGUACACCACGUAACACCAAAUGCAAUUGAAUUGUAUUUUUCAGUACACGGGGAAAAAUUACGUUCGCCGAUUGUAAUAAUGAGUGUUAAUUUUUCCCAGUGUAUGUGGCUGAAAACAGAGAAUUAGGAGAAUAUCCGACAUUCGACUUAUUUUAUUACACAGUGUUAAUACACGCUAUUUUAGCGAAAUUGAAAAAAGGCUAAUUUCCGCAAAAGUUUCGUAUUACAAUAUAUAUUUAAAAAAAAAGAAAUUAAGACUUUUUUCCAGUAGUGUUACGAAAAUAAUUUUUUUAAAUGAUAUAAAUAAAUAAGAACAUAUUUAUAUUUUACUUAGUAAUCAUGUAAA